GCGUUUUUCUUUAAUAAAUCGAAAAGCAAAUUCUUAGGUGCUUGUCAGAUACCCUGGUGCAACCUUAAGUUUGUGAAUCGGUGUCCCUAAGAGUCAAAACAAUCUGAGAAUAAUGUUUCUGGAUAAUUGAAAUGGAGCUAAUUUCCGGCCAUCAAACUCCAUCUCCAAAACCACUGCCAUUAUAAUAUCUGGUAGCCCAUUCCUUUGCAAAACUCAGCCAUCAUUCCUAUGCACGGUCGUAUAUAGGAUAUACCUCAUUAUUGGAGGCAUGCGGUUGACAAAAGUAUUUGACAUACAAUCGGUGGAAUGCUGGAUACUUAAACCAUCUUUGUGGGUUAGGGUGAGUUCUCCCACUAUAAAUGACAAGAGAAAUAGAGAGUUGUGAACAAGAAUAGACAACAACAAAGUGCUCUACAUCAGGAGAAGAGAAUACAAAUUUCAUAGAGAACAAAGAUAUAUGAAGUCAAUACCAGUGCUCACUCACACCGUACCACUUCUCACACUCUACUCCAACAACCAGAAUUCCCAAAUUUUCUCAACUCUCUUCUCUGUGUAAAUCCCUCUUCCUUGAUGGGAUUGCGGAAUAUCAAGGAUCUCCCAGCAGACAUUCUACUAGACAUCAUAGCUCGUUUACCAACUGAAUCAGUAUUAGAGAGUAAAUUAGUAUGUCGACUGUGGAGAAAUCUUGUUUCUUCUCAUAAUCCAUCAUUCUCUCAAAUACAUUUAACUCAUCUUAGUCAUCCUGCUGCUGCUGACUCUGGUAAGUUGAGUUUUCUUGUUAAGGAUAAGAAUCAAAAACUUCACUAUUUUGAAUAUAGUGAUACUCAUGAUGAGAUACCUGUUCAUAGUGUUAGAGGGUUCAAUUUAGCACCUCCAUUUACAUCUACUUAUUAUAAGGUUAUCGGUUCUGUUAAUGGUUUAGUCUGUCUACAUGGAUAUGGAGAUCACACUACUUAUAUUUGUAACCCCUUGACUAAAGAAUAUGUUUUGCUUCCCAAUGUUAAGAAUAAUGAUCAUAAUAUUCAUUGUUCGACUGGGUUUGGUUAUCUUCCUUUAACUAAUGAAUACAAAGUUGUUGAAGUGUACGAGCUAUGGAGAGAACCUGGCUUUACAAAGGUUGCUGUCUACACUCUUGGCAGUGGCAACGGGUGGAGAUCUGUUGGGAAGUUUGAUAAUAUGUUUGGUGAAGCUUAUGUCGAACAUAGUGUCUUUGUGAACGAGGCGCUGUAUUGGGUGGAUUAUGUAGGAGGAUUGGUUUUUUUUUUUGAUUUGGCUGAGGAAAAGUUUCGCAAUUUUUCAACCCCUCCUUUGCCACUUGAAAAGGCCAGGUAUGAUUUCUCUAUAGGGGUUAUUGGGGCGGCUUUAUAUUAUGCUAUCAGAUAUUACUGUCAAAUCACGGGAUGCAUAUGGAGUGACAUAUGGUUACAAGAAAAGAAGAACGAUGAGCCAUUGGGUUGGAGUGAAGAGUUUCGUCUUCUCGGAAGAGAACCAUUAGCCUUCACUAAGAGUGGUGGUGUUUUAUAUUUUGAUGGUAGCUCUCUUGGUAUUUACGAUGCAAUAGCUUCAACCUCAAAAAAGCUUGUGGAUUCUACUGCAUUUAUACAAAUAUCGCCUCACAAGAACACCUUAGUGUCGUUGAGAGAAUUGGGAGAAGAAGAUAUAAAAUUAAUGGAUUCAGUUGAAAAUGAAAAGUUAGCAAGCCGUGAUCAGCUAGCAAGAUGGUCCUGGAUACACUUUUUAGUUUGUAAUUUAUUUUCAUGUUUUGAUUUUCUUCCCACUCUUUUCUCUUUCUCUUCUCUCUUUGUUUUUUUUGCUUAUGUGUUUCUAAUUUAUGUAUUGUAAAUGGUUGCACAUAAAUAAAUUUUUUUUUUUUUUGC